AUGCGUGAACCCAACUUCAGCUUCCCGGCUCAACACCGAGCCGCUGUGGUCAUUACGUCUUCAAUGUAUGAUCGACGAGCAUUGGAUUGUACCGCCACUCUACCGCUGGUCAAUUCACUUACCCAUCUUGCAUAUAUGACGUCGACAUCCCCACGUAUACGAGAGAUAUUAUCAUCAGAUGGAGGCAUGGAACGGUUGAUCAAGAUUUUGGCUACUUGUCAACACACCGAUAAGCAUUCAUUGUGGAAAUGGUCGUUAGCGUUUCAAUGCGUGGUGAAUGUGGGGGUCCGCGGCACUGAAGCUAUCCGUACCCGUGUGGUGGACGCUGGAGCGGUCCAUAUUGUGCUUGUUAUUCUGGAGAACUUUUUGAAAGCGUUGGAACGAGCGAAAAUGGACAAGGAACAAGAACAUAAACAGAUUCAAAACCUUCGUGAAGCAACAGCUUUGACGCUUCCCACCAUGCCUCUGCAGCCACCACAAACGAGAUCGACACCUAUCACCCCUUCACGGAGAUUUUUCGGCCAGUUUCCCUCCCCUGUGAAUACCACCACCAUCUCGUCUUCUUCACCAGAAACCAAUGUUUCAUUAUUCACCACGCCCAAGCGAUAUACCUUUCUCACUCGCACCCUCAAAACCAAGCCCAAACAUCACCCGUCGCCACUGCUUACUGUGCCAUUUUUCGAUGAACUCAGUACGGAAGCAAUUUUGCAUCGCGAAGAAGAUGUCUUGCUAUCCCUCCAGUUGCUGGCUUAUCUGUCAAAAUAUGCUCAUAUACGUCACACUUUCCAUCACAACUACCAUCGCAACGUUUUCUCUGUCGUAGAACGAUUUACCCAUCGUUUACAUCCCGCGGCCAUCGUGUACUGGGCCGGAGUCAUCAUGCGAAACGCAUGCAGAAAGGACGAAACUCGUGGUGGCAUUCGACAGUGUGCCAAUAUGCUUUGUGGCAAAUGGGAACGCUUCCCAAGAGAAUUCGCCAAAUGCCGUCGAUGUCGCAAAGCCAAAUAUUGUUCAAAACCAUGUCAGUCCAAAGCGUGGGCUGAUGGUCAUCGGUGGUGGUGUGUAGAACGUAUCCAUUCAAGUCAGCCUCCUACAGCAACCACGACUUCAGCUACCGUGGCGGCGGCGGCGGCUGCUGUGGUGGCAGGCGAUCCUCAACCGGCCCCUCCAGUGGAUCAAGUGGUGUCAUUGGAUGAUACACGAACGCCUGAUGCGGUGGCUAUUACGAUUGAUAAUCACGACGGGAAUAUCCCUGUGGAAGAGGUCAAUACCACGCCCAAUAAUAUGCACCGUCGUUCUUCUCUGCAGCUUGAUGCAGCUAAUCUUCAUUCACCCAAUAACAAUGACCACGGCAACAUGGUCGAUCGGCCGCGUCAAGAAUCUCUACUGUUUUACCGUCAACGAAGGCGAAAUUCUCGAUCGGCGCGUAGUUUGGCCUCUGGAUCGUCGACAGAAGUGGAAGCAGAAAAUGAAACGAGUCGAGAUCGAGGGCGCGAUUUCAUGGAUACCGAUUGA